AGAAAUUUCGAGCAUUAUUCCAACGACUGACCAGUCGAGGUAUCUUCCGGUGAAUAUCCUACAUUUUACGUCUAGACUCAUGCAUUGGCUUGUGUCGCGAUAUUGGAACUGCAGCGCUACAGUGAGGGAACGUGGAUAUGAAGACACCUUUUGAUCGCCGCGGCCGUUGUAUAUCCAGACGAUGCAUCUCGCGUUCGUGGUCGUGCCCCCACCCUGGCAACAAUGAAGGGUACACUCAAGUGGUCCGCGAAAAUUUCUACCCUCGUCUCUCCGGCUCUUCGAAGUGCCGUACUGUCCUGCAGUUCUUAGCUACGCAUCGCGCUCUCUUUCGCGAUCCCCUGCUCCAUAUACAUCACGCGCUGCUACAUAACAUAUCUGCGUCAAGCUCCCCGCAUACCACCAUUGCUAUUCCUACGCUCAGACAUCUAUCUUCUCCAUCUGGUUUCCACGUCUUCCAAGCCGUAUGCUCCGCCGUCGAUCACCAUCCCACGACCACUACAUUCCCGAUUCAUACGCUCUCACGUACAGACUAUCGGCUGGAACCAACGCACAAGGCCUCCGUCGACCAAACGAUCUUGGUCAAAAUUCCCCAAUGGUCGUCUACCCGUCUAUCUCGUCGUCUUCGUGGCGUUGCCGGUGACGCUUUCAGCGAAUCGCAGUGGAGAUUGAUUUGGAUGAGUGAUCCGAGACGAACUCAGCGGAUCCAUCAAAUGCAUCUCCGCCUCGAGACUCCCGAAGGCAAAGCGGUCUAUAUUUUAUUUCAUGCCAAGGUGCAUGCUCCCACGCUCGUAUCUGCACGACGUCCACAAUCUCUAAAAAUAACAUCAAGCCGCCAUACCACGCAAUGGCCCGUGGCGACAUGACAAGAUCAGGCGAUACACGCUCAGCAGCGAACGAUUCUAGCCGCUGGAUGCUCAAAAGAGCCCUCACUGUCUCUCCUCCCCUGUGACCUACGCAGCUGCUCGAUCAGCCCGGGAUCACCUCGAUCCUC